AUGUGGCUGCUACUUCUCAUCAUCAUUCCAGUGCAAUUUCAUCAGGUUCUCUCCUCCUCAUCAUCAUCAUCUUUUUCUAUUCCUAAUAAAUUGUGUCCUCAUGAACAUCGCCUUAUCUUGAUCCAAUUCAAGCAAAUGUUUGUAAUUGAUCAUAACUCUACUUAUGAAAGCUGUCGUGCAUAUGAUGUACCAUCUUAUCCAAAGACAGUGUCUUGGAAUGAGAGCAGCACAAAUUGCUGCUCAUGGGAUGGAGUGACAUGCGAUGAUCUUACCGGCGAUGUCAUCGGCAUUGAUCUCAGUUGUAGCCAGCUUUCUGGAACCUUCCAUCCAAACACCACUCUCUUCCAGCUUCCCUGA